CUUUGGUUCUGAACAAUCAUUGGUAAUUCAAUUCCCUUUUUUUUAAAAAAAAGGAUAAUAUUGGUUUUACGUCAUUAAUCCAAAUAAUGGUCGCUGAACCAGUUCAAGCUACUGUUGAAACAUUAAGCAACUUGUAUAACUAUGCUUCUCAUUUAGUGGCAACUCAGAAGGACAAUAUCGAAAGUUCUGACUAUAUCGAGAAGAUCCGUGGAUGGAACCCAAUUUCUACAUCAUCUAAACAACCCGAUAGUUUUCCAAAAAUUCAUAAGAGUUCAAUAUUUCAUAGUUUGGGAACUAAUUCAACUAAGAAGAUUAUAAUAUCAGGAACUCUUUUUACAAUUGGUAUUGGAUUUACAUCGUAUUAUGGGUAUAAAUGGUGGCUAAAUGGUCAAAAACCAAUUUCAACAGUUCAAAAUAAACGAAGAGUUCCGAAGUUAAGUAAUGGAGCUAGAAGUGAUGUGGUUUUGGUGGUAGGAUCACCCACUGAACCAUUGACUCGAUUGAUUGCAUUGGAUUUCGAAAAACGGGGGUUCAUUGUGUAUUUAACGAUUCUUGAUGAAAAGGACCUUAAAUAUGUAGAAUCUAAUCCAAUCACGGAUGAUAUUAAUUAUUUGAAUUUAAAUGAUUCAUACAGUUUUGAAAUUCAACUUGCUAAGUUUCAAAAUUAUUUACUGAUUCCAGUUGUUCCAUUCCAAGGUGCAGCUCCUCAUACAUUAAAGUUAGUUGGUGUUGUAUUUGCUCCAAGUUUAUAUUUCCCACUUGGACCCAUUGAGAAUGUCACUGUUGCAUCUUGGAACAAAGUUUUAGAAAGAAUUCAAAUUCCAUUGAAAUUAUUUUCUUCAGGAUUGAUUAAUUUAGUUAGAACCCAACAAAGUAAGAUAAUUCUUAUAUCAUCCCAUAUGACAAGCUCAUUAGAUUUGCCAUAUCAUUCUGCCGAGACUCUUCAUCAGAAAAGCAUUGAAUCUUUAUUUACUUCAUUAACCAGAGAAGUUGCACACCAAAAUAUAUCGGUUACUCAAGUUAAACUUGGUAAUUUGAAUAUUACAAACCAAAGAGUUUCACCAGAGUCCAGAAAAUCAAAUAUUAUUAAUCUGGAAAUCCGUAGUUGGAGUGAAGAAAUGAGAGAGUUAUAUGCUACCAAUUUCUCCAAAUCACAAUUUAAAUUCAAUCCAAUGCGUACAUCUAGAAGAGGUGCCAAUUUGAGGGACUUAUACCAUCAACUUUAUGACUUGAUAUAUCCUAUUAAUCAAAGUCAACGAAAUCCUGCAACAGUAUAUUGUGGAACUGGAGCUAGAACUUAUGAUUGGGUUUCUAAAGUACUUCCUGAGUAUGUCAUUACAUGGCUACUUAGUUAAAGAUGUAUUAAUACAUUCAGAUAAGAAAAUUUAACUUAUCUAGAGAAAUUAAGUAAGAGAAAUUAGUAGAGAUAAGUUAAAUAUCAAUCAUGAACAUGA